AUGGCCCUCACGAGCCGCAUCUCCCUUCACGGUCCUCCAUCGUCAGAUCCUGAGGACUACCUUAGUUCUUCCUUGGGCAUCAUAUUUCCGGAUGAUGUGACGAACCAGCAUGGCGACGCGGAGCACUCGCUACUCUACACAUCGCCGCACCUACCCAAGCCCCUGCACAUCGCCCUCGCGGAUCCGGACCGGGAGGCCGAUCGCAAACUCUUUAGUCACUACCUGUGGAACGCAAGUCUGCUGCUUGCCGAGCUCGUCGAGGCCGGCACCCUUGGUUUACCCCUCGACAUCGGUUUGCGCCGGCUCCAGCCCGCCGCCUUCAAUGUCGCUAGCCUUGAGACACUUGAGCUCGGCGCCGGUACCGCGCUGCCUAGCCUAAUGGCUGCUCUGCUCGGGGCUAAGGGCGUAGUCGUAACAGAUUACCCCUCUGAAACUGUCUUAGGUACUCUGCGUAAGAACGUCGCGGCCAAUGCCAAGACUGAGAACUCGCCCGGCAGCGCCCUUGCACCGCUAACAGUCGAGGGUCAUUCAUGGGGUGAGUUAGAUACGCCUUUCGCAGCAGAACAUCGGGGUCGGUUCGACCGUGUCUUCGUGUGCGACUGUCUGUGGAUGCCGUGGGAGCACACCAACUUACAUAAAUCCAUCGCGUGGUUCCUGAAGGAUUCCUCAGACGCUAGAGCCUGGGUUGUUGCUGGGUUUCAUACGGGGCGCGCUAAAAUGCGCGGUUUCUUCGAGGACGACGCUCUUGCGACUGUCGGGCUUGAGGUCGAGAGUAUAUGGGAGCGCGACUGCGAUGGCGUUGAGCGCGAGUGGGUUUGGGAUCGCGGCCAAGAGGACAUUAGCAUACGGAAGCGGUGGCUAGUCGUCGGCGUACUGCGGCGGAGGGCGUCGACAGUUGAAGGGUAA